CUUACUGGAUUGGUCGAACGAAGGCGAAGAAAAUUCUGCCCUCCAUUAUCGACCAUUAUUAUUCUUUCAAUUAUAUUUUAUUUAUGAAGUUAUCUCUAUACAUUUGUUAUUAAUAUAAGUUUUUCAGUUUUAGCUAAUUUAAAAUCAGAGAAGUGUGGAAUAUGAGCUCGAUGUCUAAUGUGGAGAAUUUAUCUCCCCAAUGCAUAAGACAAGUAGUUAAAGAGCUACAAGAUUUAGUCAAAACGCCACUAGAAGGCAUAAAAGUUAAUUUGAAUGAACAGGACAUUACUGACAUCCAAGCGUUUAUUGAAGGCCCAGCUGGGACACCUUACGCUGGAGGACUUUUCAAAGUAAAGCUAGUUCUGGGUAAGGACUUCCCUCAGGGCCCUCCAAAGGCGUUCUUCCUCACCAAGAUCUUCCAUCCGAACGUUGCCACUAACGGAGAAAUCUGCGUCAACACACUCAAGAAGGACUGGAAACCUGACUUGGGCAUUAAACACAUUCUGUUGACCAUCAAGUGCCUGCUUAUAGUGCCCAACGCAGAGUCUGCGCUCAACGAGGAGGCCGGCAAGCUGUUGUUGGAACACUACGAUGACUAUUCGCAACGAGCACGGAUGAUGACAGAGAUACACGCAGCGGCCCCCAAGCCGCCAAAACCUGGACUCGAGAGUUCAGAAGGGCCGAUGGCUAAGAAACAUGCGGGUGACAAGAAGUUAGCGGCAGACAAGAAGAAGUCUCUAAAAGAUAAAAAAAGGACUUUGAAGAGGUUGUGAAGUGUGUAACUUAACUGUAAAAGCUGGUCUCUUAACAAAGAUAUAAAUAAUAUAUAUAAAUAAAUGUACAUAUGCAUGAAUGAAAUCAUUUUAAAUGUGUGGUUGUUUGAUUUUAAGAUGGUACACAGCGUGGUGUUUCAUCUGUUAAAUUAGUGUAAUGGAUAGGUUUAACUAUUCGAAUAGAUUUUUAUAACUUUCUACUGUUUUGCACUAUUUAUUUGAAGUUUACCGCUUUUUGUAUUACAUAGUAUAAUUUGACCACUUCCACCUAUUGUCUUUAUUAUUUCUAUGUUCCCUUCUGUAGACCUUUUGAAGUUGAUGAAACGUAUUAAAAUAUAUGUAGAAUUUUUAUCUUC